UGUUCUCUAAAUAAUACAAAUAAUAGAAAAUUUGUAUUUUCGUAUCAUGUUUAUUUUUCAAUUACGAUCGUGAUGCUUGUUGAGGUGACCCACAAUCGUGAGACUUGUCGAAGUAUAUUCGCGAUCGAGAUAAUCGCAGUAGUUCGAAGUAAGAAGCAAAAAGGAGCAACAUUAUGCAGUCAAAGAAUAAGCACGACAUUGAUACACUGCAAUAUGUCGCUUCUUUAUCGAAAGCCGUGUCCAUCAACACGAAGAAAAUAAAAGAAUUAGCAACAGAGAUAGUAGCUUAUGCGUCUCGCAAUCACCUUAAUGAAAAUUUUAACGAAGUCGCACGUAGUUACGUACGAUUAUCGACCGAAUUUCAUCCCGAUAAGGACGACAAAAGAGCGGCGGAUUGGCUGUUCGUAUUGAAUACAUUGAAUUUUGCACUUUGGACCCGAAAGAAUAUGAAGGAAUGGAAAGUUGAUGGAUUUACCGGAUACAUGGCACUGUGCGUUGCUAUUAAAAAGGCUAUUGAUGAUGGAAAACCAAUGUGGGAUCCUAAAUUUUAUACAAAGCUAAAAGUGGGUGAAAUGGUCCAGAUUUUUAAGGGUGAUGAUAACAUUAUCAUGCCACACAUACUUCGAAGAUUAACAAUUUUGCAAGAAGUUGGAAAAGUUUUGUUGGACCGCUAUGAUGGUUCUUUCGCAAAUUGUAUCAAAUUAUGUAAAGGAAAUUCCAUUGAGUUGAUGAUCAAUAUUCACCAUGUAUUCCCGUCAUAUCACGACGUAAUAAAAUAUUGCGAACGAGAAGUUUGUUUAUACACUAAGGCUCGGACAUUAAUUAGCGAUAUAUGGGCUUACUUUGACAAAGAACAUGAACUUUGGAUUGAAAUGAAAGGAACAAAGCAUUCUACGAUAUUUGCUGAUUAUCGUAUUUUUCAGGUUUUCCAUCAUUUCAAUGUUCUUGUUUACAAUAAAGAAUUCUUUGACCUACUCGAAAAAGAGGAAUUCAUUACACAUGGGUGCAGAGAAGAAGUAGAGAUACGCUGUUGUUCACUUUUGAUAAUAAGAUAUUUGCGUAAAACGGUGAUGGAAAUGUUGCCAAAUUUGAAAAGAAUACCCAAAUCAGAGUGGUCAGGUUUCGAUUGUGCGUGUCUGAUUGACAACUUUUUGUGGGACCAUUUACAACAAAAUAUUGGGCAAUUGAAGAAGAAUGUAUUAUGCAAGGUCCGCACUGAGAGCUAUUAG